AUGCAGCGAACUCCCGCAAGUUUGUUUUUUGAGCUUUUAACGUUACUUGCAGCUUUGGUCUAUUUUACAAAUGCAAGCAAAGGCGACCGUUCGCCGCAGUUCAGGGCAUGCGUGGGAGAUUGCUCAAGGUUCUUCUCAAGCGGACCGUAUCUCGGAGAGCAUCAGUUUUAUUAUCCAAAUGUGAUCCUAUUUCGCCUUUUCCAAUGGAACAUUGUUGAUGAAUGUAAAUACCAAUGCAUGCACAUCUGCGAAUCAAACUUAUCACAGGCGUCCACCGAGAAAGAGCCUCUGCAAUAUUUUGGAAAAUGGCCCUUUAUUCGAGUCCUCGGGGUUCAGGAGUUUUUUUCCGUGCUGUUCUCGUUUGCUAACUUGUUUGCCCACAAAUACGGAUACCAGAAAACGCGCCAAACUGUCCAUUCCGAGCCUCUUUAUAAAUAUUAUUUCAUAACCUCCACGCUCACCUGGAUUUCAUCAGCCAUUUUCCACUCAAGAGAUACAAGGUUUACGGAGUUCCUUGAUUAUUUCUUUGCAUUUGCCUCGAUUUUAUUUGCCCUCUUUAUUGCAAUUGAUCGGGUUUUUCUCAAUAGGCGGUUUUUGUCUUCGCUUCUGCGACGCUGUCUUGGCCUGUUCUUUUUGUGGAUCCUGGUAUUCCAUUACUACCGCAUGGCGAUGGUUGCAUUUGAUUAUUCACUCAAUAUGAAAGUAAAUGCUGUCGCCAUUGUAUUACAUGCCGCGGUUUGGACUUAUUGGGCAAUUAAACACCCAUUUUAUUUCUUUCGAAGGAAAAUUCUGUUGUUCAUCCUGUGUAUUUCGCUUGCCUCCCUCUUUGAGAUACUCGACUUUCCUCCUUUUUUUGGCUUGAUUGACGCACAUGCUCUUUGGCAUGCCUCGACCACUUUUCUAGUGCCGCUGUACUGGUCCUUCCUCAGGGAUGAGUAUGAGGCAGCGAAUGCACACGGCGAGACUUGUGUAUUGUAUACUAAAAUGCUGUAA